AGAGGAAGUACAGUUAUGAUAGUUCACCCUUUCUCAGAAGAAGUGUGAUGCUGUCUCCAUUUUGACUAAAAGCACGAGAUAUCAUUCAUCAAGCAUACCAGGUCUCGGAAAAAGUUUUUAACUAUGUCUCACAGUUGCCUCAAGUGCCUGAAGUUAACCAUGUGUGUGGUCAACUUCCUAUGCUUUGUAUGUGGCAUCGCAGUGAUGGGCCUUGGGAUAUACAUGAUGAUGACCAAGUUUACUUCACUCACCCCCACCUUUGCGAAACUCAACAUGUCAAACAUGCUGUUGAUUUGCGGCAUCAUCAUCACUUGUGUGUCGUUCAUGGGCUUCUUGGGGGCUCUGAAGGAAAACCGCUGUUUCCUCAUCAUGUUCUUCGUCCUACUCUUAAUUCUGAUGGUGGUGGAGUUGGUGGCUGCCUGCCUCCUACUGCUCUAUGGGGAACAUGUUAAUAAGUGGAUCGAAAAGGACCUGAAAGAGGGUUUGGCUGCAGCCAUAAAAAAAACAAGAGAAAAUUCCACAGCUCCAUUAUCUGACUGGAAUCUGAUUCAGAAUGGGUUACAUUGCUGUGGAGUCCAUAACGCGACAGAGUGGGGGGACCUGGUGCCUGCAUCUUGUUGCAGCACAAAUCCAUGUGACAAACAGGACCCCAAAUACAAACCCAAGGGUUGUUUGGAUGCGUUAAGCGAUUUGUUUGAAGACCACUUCGUAACCGCUGGGAUUUCUGUCAUUGUCCUCUGCAUCAUCGAGGUUUUGGGGAUGUGUUUCUCCAUGACUUUAUUCUGCCACAUCAGCAGAUCUGGACUCGGCUACAAGUUAUAGAGCUGGAUCAUCUCUUUUUAAAUGCAAAUUCAUCGAUCUUAAGAGUCCUCUACCAUAAACAUUUUGUGGGAAUGCCCGAGAGAGCACGAGAUGAAACUAUGUAAAUGCAAAUUCCUUCUACUUUCACACCACAGCUAUUAUGACUAUGUAUGCAUGCCAGUAUAACAUUUGACUCACCUAAGUCAUUCUUUCCCACUUUUCUUAUUUAUAAGGAAAUUAAGCUUAUGAAAUAGACGUUUAGGUAGAUUACUAUUAGAUACCAUCAACAAUACAUGUUAUGCAACCGUUAUAAAUCCCCUUAAAGCAUUUCACUGAAAUUUAAUGGAAAUCUAGUGUUAAAAACUAUUUGCAAAGUAUGACUCCUAAUAUGCACCUGCUUAACUUUGUACAUGGCAUUUUAUAAUAAACCAACGUUUUAAAGCUUGCACAUCGUCCAUUUAUGUGAUUAAACUAAAUAUACCAACUUCCUCUUUCGCUGCUGCUCAACCAUGAGUCAGUU